AUGGUGAGUGGCUAUAUAUUAUUGGUGGAAUUCCUUCAAAGACGUCAUUCUUGAACGAAACGUGAAACCAAGAAAAAAUGAAUUUUCUGGUCUUUCCUCUCCUUUCUUUUGCAGACAGCGUGUAUUACAUCAGCAGUUCUUAUGCAGUAUUUCCUGAUGGCCGCUUUCUGUUGGAUGCUGGUAGAGGGAAUUUAUCUUUACCUUCUUGUUGUGAAAGUUUAUAACAUCAGCGACAAGAUGUAUAUUUAUCACGUCAUGUCAUGGGGUAUGUUAGUUGUACAAUUGUAUUUAUUAUGUUGUUGUGAAUUAUUUUGUUAACGAACUGUAUCAUUUGGAUCGCUAUAUGAUUCUAAUUUGUGAUAGGUUUGCCCGUCAUCGUGGUGGCCAUUUCAUUAAGCAUAGCAGCUGGAGCAGCAGAUGGAAUACAGAGCUACAUCAGUGAUGACUAGUGAGAUGGAAUUUUAAAGUUUCUUUUUCUCCUCUCGACCCUUUUUUAUACUUUUUUGUUGAGAUUUUGACCUGAUUUCAUCUUUUCUUUCCCCUCUUCAUUAUCAUAGUGAGUCUGCCCUCUAUUUCCUUUGAUUCUCAUAACCUUUUAUCCUUUUAGGCCAGCUUCUGACAUUUGUAUUUUUGGUUAUAGAACUGUUGCUGUUCAUCGUUGUUUUACAAUAAACGUUUUAUAAGUGAACGUUUAAUAGUUUGUCGCACGAUGUAAGAGUCAAGCUACUCAAUCGUGUAUCGAUCGCGACAUCGAGAUCAAUAGACGAUUCAUCAACUUGACUCUUACAUUGUGAGAAAAACUAUUAAUUGUUUAUUUACGUAUGGUUAUUUUCAUAGUAUGGAUGUCACUCUUUGUCUUCCCUGUCAGGAAGAUUGGGAAACUGAAAUCCACCAGUAUUUAAAAUUUUUUCCGCUCUUUUUUAAUGUUUUUUUUCCUUUUCCUUCUUAGUUGUUGGAUUUCCUCAACUAUCAAUCUGAUCUGGAUAUUCGUCACAUUUGUGGUUAUCGUUGAAGUUGUAAGUUUCAGAUUUGAACCAAUUUUUUUCUUUUGACGUUGUCAUUUGCGAUUCUGGUUUGAGACAUAAUGUAUGUAACAGCCCUCUCUCCUCUUUCAGAUCAACAUUUUGAUUCUCACUCAAGUCAUAAGGGAGAUGACGAAAAUGCAGCCAAGAGGAGGAAAGCAAAUUCAGCAAAUACGGUAUGAACGAUUUCAAAAUUACGAUUAAAAGACGAAGAGUUUGUGCCGAAUAUUAGAUCAAAAUAUUAUCAAAUUCCUACAUUUGAGACUUGGUAAUACUGAUACAUUUUUCAAUUUUUUAUGAUAUUCGCUUAACCUUAUGGAGAAUUCUGAUUACCAGAAAUAUCUUUGAAGAAAAGAUACAAAUUAAUAAAUCCCCAUAUCUCAAAUUAUCAUCCUCCUUCAGACUUGGCAUUAGAACAUGCGUCGUGAUGACUCCCUUACUGGGUGUCACGUGGUUAUUUGGACUCCUUUCGCCAGCACACAAAACUUUCGCCUACAUUUUCACCAUACUCAACUCCAAUCAGGUGAGUUUUAGUCCGACUAGUUUUUUAUCCAUUUAAAGAGUUUAGAUUACGAUACAGUCAAAAAUUUUUGCUAUGGUCAGGUGACAUCUGCUAUGAUAAUUACAAAAUAAGACAUACAAUGAUAAAGUUAAGAAAAAAGAAAAAAAAAAGAGAAAAAUACUUUCUACUGCUUUUUUGUCAUUCUCGUAACUUAAGGGGUUAUAUGGUGUGAGUGACUGAAAUUACGUCACUGUACUCUAAGCUUUUAAAACAAAAACUAAAAAGAAAACAAACAAAGAAAACUAAACCUCUCUUUUGUCUAACCUGAAUUGCAUAGUGUUUAAAAAAAUGACACUGAAAACGAGUUCCUUUGUCUUUUAAGGGUUUCCUGAUUUUCAUUCUUCACUGUGUGCGAAAUGGUCAGGUAAGUUUAAUUUUAAAAGAAUAAAUAUGGUAUAGAUAAUGAGGUUUUAAAAAUUUACUAUACAAGUGUAAAAGGAUACAUUGGUAUUGCUUCUUUUCCUUAGAUUAGAGUAAGAAAAAGAAAGCUUUCAAAUUACUUGUUUAUCUGCAGAUUAAAGAGCGAUUCAAUAGAAAGAUGAGUAUCAUAUUUCCAUCCGAAAACAUUGGAAACUCCACAAAGAAGAGCUCACAGGUUAAUUCAAAUGAUAUUAAU